AUGAUUGAACCACGUGCUCCUAGAGACAAUAAAUUCUUCUCCCCCAAGGUUAAAGCUCCUAUUGAUGCACAACCCGGUCAUAUGAUGCAACUGAAGUGCCAAUUGCUCAACCUCCACCAGCUAGAGGGACUAGUUCACAAGGAAAGCACAGAGUGUUCCCACCAACCAGCAGUGUGCCGGAAGUUAAAAAACUCAUGUGUUCCUCUGCUGCAGCCAAGCCAUUUGCCUCGUUUAAUGUCACUCACCCGCAACAAAGCUAUUUCUCUUUGGAACUGUGUCGAGACUCAGAAUAAGGCUCCCAAACAGGCUGAACUGAAUCUGCCUCCUUCAAACUAUCAAAAUAAUGGUGAAUUUGGUGAUGGAAAGCAACUUCCAAAGAGUUCAGAAAUGUCAUCUUCAAAGGUGUGGGAAGUACGGUCAAGAACACAGAGUUCACAGCCAAGGUUAGUGCCAACAAGAAUAGAGAGCCCAAAGCCAAGGGAUAUGUCGCGAAGAACAGAAAGUCCAAAGCCAUGGGAUGUGCCACCAAGAACAGAAAAUCCAAAGCCUAGGAAAGUGUCGAGAACAGAGGCUAGUAUGCAGCAGUCCCUACCUAGUAAGCAGCUGGACAAUUAUACGCACGUUCCUCCAGGCGUCCCGAAUGGGAGAAACACUGGCAGUAAUUUGGUAAACGGUAGUAGAUCAGAGACUGCAUCAUCUGAUGGUUUUGGCCAAAUGGGUUACAGAGGAGGACCACACUAUCCACCACAGGCACCAGGACAGGUUCUCACAGACCCAGUGGAGGCAAUGAGAAUAUCAGCAGCUGAAAGAGCUCAAAAGCCUACUUCAGCUGGCCAGUCCUCAACUGCCAAGGCUCUGCCAACUUCAAGGAGCGACUGCAGCAAUGCGGCCACAACUGUUGCCUGA